AUGGUUCCCCAGGUUCGUCUCACCCGGCGGAACUCGAACGCCACUCCGCUUCCAUACACCGCAUCCCCGCUUGGGUUAUUGUGGAGCGACAUCUGUCUUGUCAUUCGAUAUGCCUGGGCUCUUCCGGCAAUCUUUUUUCCACUUCGUCUGGGUCAAACGAGUCCGCUAGAUGAGUUAUAUCUCAACUUUCAGGGCUCGUUGUCUCUGACAACCCAAGCCUUUCUCACGGUCUAUCAGCUUUUGUUCCUCCUAUCUUUACCUUUUACGGUUAUAUGCUUGAUCCCUGCCCUCUGGAUCUUCGUUUAUAUCGCCUCCGCUCUCACAUUGAACUAUGCCAUCUGCAUGUUCGUUCUCAACGGGGUUGAGCGAGUGCUGGUAUCCAAAGUCCCGAUAGUCGAACAGCCUGACCAUGGAAAAGAGCGAUGGUUCUAUAUAAAUGGAAUAGCCAAUGGCCAUUACUGGGUGCAAGACAACAUCGACCAACUAUCAUACACAUUCGGCCGAAAGAUCACCGGUAUACAUAACCGCACUGCCGGUGUUCUUUUCGAUCUAGCCGAGUGCUUACUUCAACGUGGUUUUGCCUACGCAACUGGCGAUGUGCGAAGAGCCUAUGUCCUCAUCAAAGAAGCACUUCUUGACCCGGCAGUAGAAAAGGUCGUACUUGUGCUCCAUAGUCAAGGAGGUAUUGAGGGAGGCCUUGUUAUCGACUGGCUAUUAGACGAACUCCCCCAGGAUCUUCUUCACCAGCUCGAGGUUUAUACUUUCGGAAAUGCCGCCAAUCAUUUCAACAACCCGCAUCGCACCUGUCCAACAUCAAGUGCAGGUGACAAUUCCAACCGUGACCCGUCAACGAGGCGGUCCAUUGGGUAUAUCGAGCAUUAUGCCAACGCCGGGGACGUCGUUUCCUGGCUGGGCGUACUUCAAUUUGCCAACAUUCCAAACCGCUAUCUUGGCCGUCUCUUCGUUCGGCCUGGCUCGGGUCAUCUAAUGAAUCAGCACUACCUGGACAACAUGUUCACUCUUGGAUCCGACAGACGGGUACUCGACUCUAAUCCAUUCAUGGAUAUGAAAGUUGAGACGAAAUCAAAUAUAACGACCGAGAAUAAAGGAGCCAGCUCGGGGCCUUUGGGCGAUUCUGACGAACCUACGGAGGAAACAUUGUUCCCAAUCGCAAAGUCUGGAAGCUUUUUGCGCAACGGCGUGGUCAUUGACGAAGAAGACAAUCAGACUCUCCGUAUCAAAGACUUCAGUCGACUAUGGCAAUACAGGAACGGCGGAUCCCCUGGGAGGCAGAAGAUG